AAAAUAAUCGUGCUCCGUAAUUUUUUAAUUUUUGACAAAAAGAAACAUUACAAAAUGGUGAAAUAUUGUAUUGUGCAUGGAUGUACAAGUGGUUUACCAUCGGAUCGGAAAAAUUUAGUGAAAAACAAUUUACGUCAGCCAUCGUUAUUUAAAGUACCAAAGAAUAACGUAUUGAGGGAAAAAUGGGCAAAAGCUUUAUCACAACAAUUGACUCCAAAUCAGUUUGUGUGUGAGAAGCACUUUCGCGAAGAAGAUAUUAAAAAAGCUGAUCGAAUAAUUAUUAAUGGAGCUGAAACUAUCAUCCCUCACGAAAGGUGGACUCUUUUGAAGGAUGUCAUUCCAAUAAACCUUCAGGACUUGGAAAUGGACAUUUCUGAAGAGCAAGUUCCAUUAGUACAGAAUGACAUUAAUAACUGUCAAAUCGAAAACCUGGAUUGCACACAACCCUCGUUACAAAUUUAAGAGAUUUAAGAGAAGAUUCUCCAUCAGUAGAACUCCAUCAUACGGAAUCACCAGAGAUUGUAACACCAAUGAUGUCAUUAUCUCGGACUCGUCUCAACCAUCAUGUGUUACACUAGAAAAGAUCCAUGCUCAUUUUCACUCAAUACUGAUGCAAGGAUGGUGUUAUUUUGCUUAUGAUGAAGAGUUGAUAUUUAGUCAUAUCAAUAUUUGCACCCGAAAAGAAGAUAUUAAUUUAACUAUUGCCAAUAACCUUUCAGUGAAGGUUUCUUUCUCUCAACGACCAGAAAUUGCUAUCGAUGAUACAAUAUCAUCUAUAGAUGAUAUAAAAAUUUGUAUGAAAACUUUGCAAGACACUAUUUUAUGUGAAGGAACUGGCAUACCCUAUAGAGAAUUUGCUUCAAACUGCACUGGGAAGGUAUCUAUAAAUGAUUAUAAGCGUUGGCGGCAGAAUCCACGAUGUCCAUGGUGUCGAAGUCUACGUCAACGACUUCAGCGAAAAAAGGGUACUGAUGCCAGUAAAUUCAAAGUGCGAAAAGUUCAAAAAGUCAUUGAAAGGUUCAAAAAACGGUGUCAUCGAAUUUCUCGUAAAACGGAGAUACUGGAACAUCAGUUUAGAAUUGCUAGAGCAGAGUGUGCUCAACGUUCUGAGGAAAUUAUUAGAAAAAAAAUAACAGAGCUCCCAGAAUCUCAGCAAAUUACAGUUUUGACUUGCUUUAAUGAAGCAAAACUUAAAAAUAAUAAAAUGCGCCGUUACGAUUUGUCUUUGGUAUAUGAGUGUAUAUUGUUUAGAUUAAAAAGCAGUAAUGCUUAUAAUUUUAUUCGUGAGCGAAAUAUUCUACCUUUUCCUCAUCAAGAUACACUCAAUAAAUAUAUUCAAAAGAUAAGUGCGUCGGCUUUUGGGUUCCAAACUGCUCUUUUUGAUUGCUUAAGAACAAAAGCAUCAUGUAUGAACGUGGAAGAUCGCCGUGGAAUUUUACUUGUUGACGAAAUGCAGCUUGCAUCAGCAAUUUCGUUUGAUCGGCAGAGAAUGGAAUUCACUGGAUUUGUAGAUUUAGGACGACAUAUUCCAGAUCACCAAAAAAAUGUUGCUAGAGACCAUGCAUUGGUGUUUAUGUAUGUUCCAUUCCGUGGUCGAUGGUUCAAUUUUACAUCAACUGAUUUUGGAAUGUAUCAUUCUUAUGGUUAUCAUUCUUAUCUUAAACGCUGA